AUGUCUGACCAUAAAGCGAUGGAAACACAAGACGCUUCAGAGCCUGAUAUGAGACAAGAAAAACCAACGGCCGACAUAGAAGCCCAGCAAACCGACAGUGACGAUGCACAUCACAUCGAUGACAAUAAUGCACAAAAGAAGCGCAACUUCUCGGCUUUCGCGUCUCUUGGCCUACUAGAUCGCUUUCUGGCAGUCUGGAUCUUCUUGGCCAUGGCUGGGGAAAUUUCCAUUGGAUUGCUGGUGAUGAUGUAUCCUAUUCUGUGCAAGGUCCAGUAUGAAUCCCUUCACAAGCUCUUGAACAAAAAGGAGCUAUGGAAGCAAAUCGGGUUCAGCGUUUUCGUGAACUGGAUUAUAGCUCCGUUUCUUAUGCUUGCGCUGUCGUGGGCAUUUCUUCCAGACAAGAGUCAUCUCCGUACUGGCCUUAUUCUCGUCGGCCUCGGCAGAUGCAUCGCCAUGGUCUUGAUCUGGAAUGCCCUCGCCGGUGGCAACAACGACUACUGUGCCAUCUUGGUUGCAGUCGACUCCAUUCUGCAAAUAGUCCUCUUUGCGCCGCUUGCCAUCGUCUUUCUCAAUGUCAUCAGUGAUGAGAACGACAUCGCCCCUAUCUCGUAUUCGGUCGUCGCAACGAGCGUGGCAGCGUUUCUAGGCAUUCCCCUAGGCGCUGCCGUAAUAACGAGGUUUGGUCUUCGAUUCAUCGCGGGGACGGCAUGGUAUGACCGCAUAUUCAUCCGUUUUGUAUCGCCAUGGUCUCUUAUCGGGCUUUUAUAUACCAUUUUGGUCUUGUUUGCCGCCCAAGGCCAUCAAGUGGUACACCAGAUUGUUUCAGUCCUUCGCGUCGCCGCUCCACUCGUUGUGUACUUCGCGAUUGUCUUUUUCACCACCGUGGGCAUUUGUCGGAUGCUUGGGUUUGAAUACCAGUUUCUUGUAACGCAAAGCUUCACAGCGGCCAGUAACAACUUUGAGUUGGCCAUUGCUGUGGCUGUUGCGACAUUUGGUCCAAACAGCGACGAGGCAUUGGCAUCCACUGUCGGGCCUUUGAUAGAAGUGCCUGUUUUGCUGGGCUUGGUAUAUGCUCUUCGAUGGGUCGCCGAUAGAUGGGGCUGGAAAUAG